UAAAAAUUGCGAUUUGCGAAAGCCCACGAGAGCAAAAUAAUAAGGCGAUAAAUUUUUAGGGGUUUAAGAAAAGCAAAGGGAAAUGCCCAAAAUUGCAGCUUGACACGUAUAUCGUACCACAACAACGACGACGACAAGUUAAGCUGCAGCCUGCAGGUGGUCUCUUUCGCGAUGGUUUCCCUCCCAACCUGGUUCCGGUACAUAGUCCACAAGCUCGAAUACUCGGCCACUAUCAGCUGGAAGAACUAUCAAGGAGGUCAAAUCACGGACAGAGAACUACGUGAUGCUGUUUGGAAAAAUCUAUUUCAGGGAAAGUUAACGUACUUGCAUUGGAAUAAAGGAGAGGAGAUGGCCCCUAGUAUAGGUGCGCAAGGGGGUACUCUUCUUGUUCGGAAGAUACCAGCUGCAGACCCAAGGCGUGUUUUUGUUGGGGAUGUAGUGGUCUUGAAGGACCCUGAGAAGGCAGAUAAUUAUCUGGUGAGAAGAUUGGCUGCAAUUGAAGGGUAUGAAAUGUUGUCUACUGAUGAAAAGGAUGAGCCUUUUGUUCUUGAAAAGGAUGAAUGCUGGGUGUUGGCUGAUAAUGAAAGUUUGAAGCCCAAGGAAGCCAAUGACAGUCGGAAAUUUGGGCCGGUUUCCAUGACAGACAUAGUUGGCAGAGUCAUAUAUUGCCUACGAACAGCUGUGGAUCAUGGCCCUGUGCAGAACAGUCAUUCCAGCAUGCGGAAGGAUACACCAGUGCUGCAAGUUGAAUUGGAUGUCGAUGAGAUGGCAAAAAAUCACAAAGCCUGACUGAAUACAAGAAGAAAAAUAAAGAUGGAAUUUCAAGUUCUUGAGUCAUGGGAUGGUUGUACGUUUAUGGUGGCUGUUCAGGUACUCAUUCUUCAGUAAUGGUGCCUUAUGUUUUUGCUGAAGAAUAUGAAGCGAUCUGUAAGGAACUUGAGUUCAGAACGGUAUUUUUGUUUUGAUAAGUUUAGAAGAGCACUGUACUCCAAAAAACUACCCAAGAAAAGAAGAAAUCCAGAUGUUGUCAAGUUUUUGGACUUAUAUUUGAAUC